UAAAAAUAUAUCUAUAUCUCAUGUAAGGAUCAGUUAGAUGAUCUACAAAAUUUCUCACAUAAGUAUGUGAUUGUAAAUAGACAAAGAUCCACCACAAGGUCUAUUAUCUCCCGAGGGAUUGGGAAGGACGGAGGAUAUUAUUGUAAAUUUCCCAAAUGUGUUCUUAAUAAGUAGAGUACAUUAAUCAAAUAAAUAGAUAAAAAUAAGAAAGAGAGAGAUAUUUGUUUAAUGGCUAAAACGCCAAGUAGUUCAUCGAAGCUCCUUGUGAUGAUGCUUUUCUCAUUCUUGGCUCUUUUCAUAAUCUCCCAUGCUCGAGUUGUUUUUACUGAUACGCCGUCUAAUUCGUACGCUCCACCUAUUUACGCUCCUGUUCCUAAGGAAUGUCUCAAGCCACCUUAUUGCCGCGGUCCUCCCGGAGAGUCUCAAUUUGUUUACAAUGAAAGAAACUAUUAUCAAAUUAAUUAAUUAAGGUGAUUUUUGGGCUACUCUUCAUAUACAGUUCAUCAUCUUGCUGGAAAAUGAAAAUUUUAUGAGAUCCGUGUUAUAUACAGAUUAUGUUGCAGUUUGUAUAAUGUAAAGUGAUAUUUAUGUGUUCUUUUUUCUUGUUUUCCUGUUUUUGCGAUUGUCACCGUUAUGAUGUUAGAAGAAAACUUAUCCACGAAAGCCCAUUAAUGUCGAGGCCCGUCAUGUGGCUGCCUCUCUUAUGUUCAAUAGGUUUAUUUGAGCGAUGUUACAAACUUACAGUCUUUGUAAUUGGGUCACCGCUAUAUACAGUGGCGGAGGUAGCAUAAAAGGCAAUAAACUUUAUAAAAUUUUAAUUAUAAGGUAAGUUUACAUAUUGAUUAA